AAGCCUUGAGUAUAAGGGAUGUGGGAUACUUAAUGGGAAAUCAAGAGGGAGAAAUAGGACAUGAUUUUUGGCAAGUAAGAAAAAGAUUUACAAAAGAUUCUAUAUUAAGAUUAAUAGGGAAACAAGGGAGAGAAUAGAUCCACUGAAUGAUCAAUGUGGUUACCUGUGUGUAGAAUCACAGGAUAGACACAAAGUUGGAGUAACCCUGUGGAGUCACAGGAGAUGGGUGAAGCUGUAAAUUAAUAUUUCUCUACUGUAUUUACAUUGGAGAAGAUCUAUGAAGCUAGGACGUUCAGGAAAGAAUAGAGAUGGCUUGAAACAUAUCCAUGUUACUAAAGAGUUGGUGCUGAUGGUUUUAAAGUGCAUACAAGUGGAUAAAUCCGUAGAGUCUGACCAAUUGUAUCCUAGGACAUAGUAAGAGGCCAUUUCUGGGGUCUUGGCAGAGAUACUGUACAUAUUUGUAUCAUUGUUAGCUAGAAGAGGUAGGGAGAGUGACCAGGUGUGCGGUUUAGCACAAGAUGGCGGCUGCCCUCUUCUCUCCCGCUUACUAAGAUGGCGGCCGCAGUAGCAGUGACGCCUCCCCCGAUGACGCGCUGUCCUUGUGCAUUGUGGGAGGUGCAAUGGCGGCCCCCAUGGUGUGAGGCCGUUCCGCUGCUGCAGCUUGAGCGCUAACAGAGUUGAUGGCGAUGAUGAGAAGAAUAUUGUUUGGACUGAAACCUGCAACGUGGAAGUCACGUAACCAAGAAAUCCAUAUUUUGAAAUGGAGAAAUGCUCUUGACCUGAGGCCUCGUCCAUAUCUACUGAUGCUGCUGCAAAGAUGGUUACCCAGGAAUAUUGACAAAUUCAGCCCGUUAUUCAUCCGGGUUUUCAGCACCAAAAGGAAAGGAAUAUAUAAGACUGCUGCUGUGAAACAAAAGCAGAUAAAGAAAGAAGUGGAGAUAAAGCAAAGAAUGACCGUUUCUGAACUAGCGGAAGCUAUGGAUAAAGAUACAGAUCAUGUAUAUGAAGCUCUGCUGCAUACAAGCAUGGAUACGGAUGAAUUAGAUGAUGACUUUGUCUUAGAUGAAAAAUGGAUAAAAGAUAUAAUUAAAAAAUCUGGAAUGAAGUUUAGAUGGGCAAAACUUACAGAAGAAAAAGUGAAAGAAAAUAAAGAUGCUGUGAAGAGGCCACCUGCAGAUCCAGCACUAUUAGUUUCAAGGUCGCCCGUAGUUACUAUCAUGGGCCACGUAGACCAUGGAAAAACAUCAUUACUUGACAGCCUUAGAAAAACCCAGGUUGCUGCAAUGGAGGCAGGAGGUAUCACUCAGCACAUUGGAGCAUUCCUUGUUCAUUUAUCAUCUGGUGAAAAGAUAACCUUCUUGGAUACCCCUGGUCAUGCUGCCUUUUCAGCCAUGAGAGCCCGUGGUGCUAAUGUGACAGACGUUGUGAUCUUGGUUGUUGCUGCAGAUGAUGGAGUCAUGAAACAAACUGUAGAAUCAAUUCAACAUGCUAAAAAAUCUAAUGUUCCAAUAAUACUGGCAAUAAAUAAGUGUGACAAACCAGAGGCAGAUCCUGAAAAUGUAAAGAAGGAAUUGUUAGCCUAUGAUGUGAUUUGUGAGGAAUAUGGUGGUGAUGUUCAAUCUAUAAAUAUAUCAGCCAUUAAGGGAGACAAUUUGAUGGCUUUAGCAGAGGCUACUGUUGCUCUGUCUGAAGUGCUGGAGUUGAAGGCAGAUUGCACAGGACCUGUUGAGGCUAUCAUAAUUGAAUGUCGGAAUGAUAAAGGGAAAGGACCAGUUACCACAGCUAUUAUCCAGCGUGGGACAUUGAGGAAAGGUUGUGUCCUGGUUGCAGGAAAGAGCUGGGCUAAGGUCCGAUUAAUGUUUGAUGAAAAUAACAAGACAAUGAAUGCUGCUGGACCGAGUACUCCAGUUGAGAUAGUGGGUUGGAAAGAACUUCCAUCUGCAGGAGAUGAAAUACUUGAAGUGGAAUCGGAGCAAAGAGCCAGAGAAGUUCUAGAUUGGAGAAGCUAUGUUGAAGCGCAAGAAAAAAUCAAGCAAGACUUUGAGGUGAUUGAAACCAAACAGAAGGAACACCUUGAGGCAUACAAGAAAGAACGGGAGAGCUAUAUUAGCUUGAACUGGAGACAGAGAAAAUCUGCAAUGUACAGGGCAAAUAAACAUCUAAUGGCAAAUAGGCCGAAAGAAAAGAGAGAAAUGGACAACUUUACACUUCCAAUAAUAAUCAAAGGUGACGUUGAUGGCUCAGUAGAAGCCAUUCUAAACAUCUUGGAUAGUUAUGAUGUUAAUGAGCAGUGUAACCUGCAAGUAAUCCAUUUUGGUGUUGGAGAUAUUAGUGAAAAUGAUAUAGUCUCAGCCGAGACAUUUUCAGGUUUGGUAUAUGGCUUUAAUGUUAAUGCUAACAAAGUGAUACAACAAAUGGCCACCAAGAAAGGAAUAAAAAUCAAAUUGUAUAAUGUUAUCUAUCAGCUCAUUGAUGACCUUAAGGAUGAGCUGAUUGCCAAAUUACCACCAGUUCUUGAGGAAAACACAAUAGGAGAGGCAUCGGUGUUGGCAAUUUUCCAUGUGACAGUAGGAAAAAAGGAGGUUCCUGUAGCGGGAUGUAGAGUUCACAAGGGUCAGUUGCAGCGGAAGAUGAAGUUUAUGCUCAUCCGCGAUGGGCAUAUUUUGUGGAGAGGUUUCCUUACUUCGCUUAAACAUCUGAAGGAUGAUGUCCCAGUCGUGAAGACGGGCAUGGAAUGUGGCCUCAGCUUGGAUAAUGAUAUUGAUAUAAAACUUGGUGAUGAAAUUAUUUGUUAUGAAGAAAAGGAAGUUCAACAAAGUAUCUCUUGGGAUCCAGGAUUUUAAAACGAAAUGCAAGCAGCCUAUUAAUUAUUGAAUAUAAUUAAAUUGAACUAUCAUUAUAAAUUCUGUCCAGUAAAAUGGAUAAAACAGGCAAGAUAUGUUUUUGUUGUACUUGAACUACUGUUUGGAAUGAAGACUGCUAAAAACUGUUGUAGUAUGUUUCAUCACUUCUCAUGGAAGUGUCACUUAAGUGUCAUAAGGUAAGGAGCUAAUUUAUUGGGCAGAAAUAAAUAUACAGUAAUGGAGCAAUGCAGAAGAUCUUUUAAACAUAGCAAUAUCUCCAAAAUAAGUCUGAAAAAGAAUAUAGCAAAAUUGGCCAAUGACCCAGAAGGUUUCAAGCCACAGUUUAAAAUAAUGUAAGUAUUGUGUAUUUUUUAAUUGUAUGUUUUAUUUCUUUGAGGAAAAGGAUGCUAUUUAUCAGUUAAAAAUGGUAAAUGUAGACUAAACGUUUUGCAUGUUGGUAAUGUAUUUGAUAAUGUUCAUAGUAUAUUGCAUAUUAUCAUUAUUUAUGAUUGGAACUUUGCUCUUGUUUUCAGCAGUUUUUAAGUAGAUUUGACUCGUGAUAAGCCAUUAUCAAAGACUUGUGAGUUAAGCUGCAGGUUGGUCUCCAUUAGUUAUUGAAUGCAAGGAAUCCAUUCUCAACAUUUUAACCAAGGGGAUCAGAUGAUUUUGACCACGGAAAGGCUUUGAUUAUAACACCAAACAGGAAGAGAGAUUACUUGCAUGUUCUCCUUGACUAUUGUUCCACAGGUCCCCUAAUUUGAAAGUGAAAAAGGGAAAAUAGAUUAAAAUUAAUCUUCCUCUGAGUUCCAAAAAAAUUUAAAUUUCCAAUUUUUUUUGUAUAUUUAGUGACUUUAUGAACAUACUGUUAAAUACCUCUUAGGAAAUUAUUACUGUACAAAUUAUAUUUUUAUUUUAUGUUUUGAUUUUGAUUCUAAAAAUCAGUGGCGAGUUAAUGUGAAACCUUGGGUGUGGUGGCAUUUGCACAAUAUGGAUGGAUUGUGGAAAACUAAGUUCUGCUCAUAUUGAAAUGAUGUCUUUAAAUAACAAAGGGAAUAUUUGAAUCAUGUUUUAAUUGUGCUAAUAUAUUCCUUUAUGACCUUAGCACUGUGCUGUAUUUACUUUCUCACUUUGGCCAAGGAUUUUCCAGCCACAUCAACUUCUUCGCCCAAGUUGGUUCGAAUCCCGCUUGGAGUGCAUACUGUCGUUGUGUCCUUGGGGCAAGACACUUCACCCACCUUUGCCUGUGUGUAAAUGUAAUGUAAUUAUGUGAAGCACUUUGGGGUCAAUGCAAGUUGACUAAAAAUGUGCUAUAUAAAUAAGAUUAUUAUUAUUAUUAUUAUAAUAAGUGUUUUUGCGCAGCAGACCCAGCAAGAUCAGUUCUGAGGUUGACCUCUUGCUUUUGGUUCUUUGGCUCUCUGCACGUUUUUUAGAAUUUCUCAUCCAGCCUGGAUCCCUUCCUCUUACUCUCCUUGGAGACAUUGCUGGUAUUAUGCUAACAUUUAAUUUCUUCAUUUGACUUCUUGGUUUAAUCUGUCUGCCUCUGAAAUUGCAACACUUUGUUCAUCCUAAUCAACCUCAACAUUGCCAUUGAACUUUUUUUGGCAAACUGACCUACCUUGCAGAAGUAAAAUACCAGUUCCCUGCUACUUACAGAGACAGAG